CUGGUGCUUCGUUCUACAAAUUCAGUCAAAAUUCGUACCGUACAGGCUGUUGAUACCAAUUUCGUGCAGCUAUGGCAGAAGGAAAUGGGGAAAUAAAAAUGGAAGAAAAGCAGUCCAAGGAGGAAAUAGAAUACAUGGACAGAACAGAAGACUUUUCGAAAUUAAUCCUGUAUGGUCUGGAUGAAAAAGUAGCUGCGAAAUUGGAUGAAAUUUACAAAACUGGAAAAUUAGCACACGUAGACUUGGAUGAAAGAGCAUUAGAUGCUCUGAAGGAAUUUCCUGUUGACGGCGCGUUGAAUGUACUCACUCAGUUUCUUGAGUCAAAUUUAGAACAUGUGUCUAACAAGUCUGCAUACCUUUGCGGCGUAAUGAAAACUUAUAGGCAAAAGAGUAGAGCUGGUCAGGGUACUGGUACCGGUACCAGUACAACUCCCAAAGCUCCAGACGAAGAUAAAAUAAAGUUGAUUCUCGAGCGAACUGGUUAUCCAUUAGAUGUAACAACAGGACAAAGAAAGUAUGGAGGACCUCCUCCAAAUUGGGAAGGUCCAACACCUGGAACUGGUUGCGAGGUGUUCUGUGGAAAAAUCCCAAAAGAUAUGUAUGAAGACGAGUUAAUUCCCUUGUUUGAGAAAUGUGGAAAAAUUUGGGAUUUAAGACUAAUGAUGGAUCCAAUGGCGGGUUGCAACCGAGGAUACGCAUUUAUCACAUUUACUAACAGAGAAGCGGCCCAGCAAGCUGUCAGGGAGCUCGAUAAUCACGAAAUAAAACCCGGCAAGAAUCUGAAAGUAAACAUUAGCGUUCCUAAUCUACGACUUUUCGUGGGGAACAUACCAAAGUCAAAAGGCAAAGAGGAGAUCUUGGAGGAAUUUGGUAAAUUAUCAGCUGGCCUGACCGAAGUGAUUAUCUACAGUUCACCGGACGAUAAGAAGAAAAAUAGGGGUUUUUGCUUCUUAGAAUACGAAUCUCACAAAGCAGCUUCCUUAGCGAAACGAAGGCUGAGCACCGGUCGGCUCAAGGUGUGGAGCUGCGACAUUAUAGUCGAUUGGGCUGACCCGCAGGAGGAGCCCGACGAGCAAACGAUGUCGAAGGUGCGCGUAUUGUACGUAAAGAACCUAACGCAAGAUUGCUCGGAGGAAAAACUGAAGGAGUGUUUCGAACAGUACGGCAACAUCGAGAGAGUGAAAAAGAUCAAGGACUACGCCUUCGUGCAUUUCGAGGAACGAGACAACGCCGUUAAAGCGAUGAACGAGUUGAACGGCAAGGAGAUCGGUGGCUCCCAUAUAGAGGUAUCCCUCGCGAAACCGCCGUCCGACAAGAAGAAGAAAGAAGAGAUGCUACGUGCCAGGGAACGAAGAAUGAUGCAAAUGAUGCAAGUUCGGAGCGGUGGCUCUCCGUCGCAUCCGAGCAUGAUGGGAGGACCGAUGCAAGUACGCGGACCUGGCCAAGGUCCUCGCGGAACUGGCGCAGGUAUGCGAGGACAAAUGGGACGUGGCGAUUACGGAUGCAGUAUGGCUUCGGUACUCUGGCCUGCUUUUGGGAACAGUAUUGUUUCGCCUGCCUUUAUCUUGUUCUUGCUGCUUUGUCCCCGCGACAGUACAGAGUGCGAUCAAAAGUUUGUAAGCACACCAGACGGUCCGCUAAAUGGAACUUUCCAUGCCCCAAAUUUGUUUAAUCCCGAGGGGGAGCCAUGGCAAUGUGUGUACACGUUUUUCGCCGGUCCCCAGCAACGGGUCGAAUUGGUUUUCAGGUCGUUUGGACUCCGAGGGACUCCGCCCGGUGGAGCUGCGGUCGGAGAAUUACCUGCUUGCGUUCACGAGUUCAUGGACUUGUACGCGGAAAUACGAACGGAAAACACCACCAAGUUGAUAGAGACGCCUUUCGGCGGUCGUUAUUGCGGCCCGAUUCCGCCACGCAGGCGAAUCUCCCUUUACCAGGGUAUCGCUCUCAGUUUCUUCACGGAUAGAAAUGUCACGUUGCCCAGCUUGUUCGGCGGUACAUUCACGUUCAUCAACGCCUCCGAGUACGAAGUUGGCACGCCGGUUCCCGGCACACCGUGCUCUUUCACGGUGAACUCGGAGAACAGACGUAGCGGGAAUAUAUUGUCUCCGACGUAUCCGGGCACGUAUCCGAAAGACCUUAAUUGUACCUAUCAAUUUAUCGGGAAACGAAGCCAACGCGUCCGUCUGGAAUUUCGAGACUUCGACUUGUUUUUUGGUGGUCCACAUUGCCCGUUGGAUUACGUGAAAGUGCACGACGGUUUGAAUAAAACCGCCGGCGUUAUCGGCACGUAUUGCGGCCAGCAGAGAAAUUUGGUGUUGUACUCGUCCGAGUCCAGUUUAUUCGUGUCGUUCGUUACGCUUCAACGUACCGCGAACACACAGAAUCGAGGGUUCAAGGGAAUCUUCGAGUUCUCGGAGAGCUUCGUCAAGUUGGACUUCAUAACCGAUAACAAGGGUGAGCACAUCCGUGGAUCGGAAUGCGAUCAGAAGAUAUUAAGUGAAAAGGAGUCCUCCGGAUACGUCGUUAGCCCGAACUUUCCAUAUCCGUACAUACCGAAAGUCGUGUGUCGGUAUUUCAUUUAUGGGAUGCAGGAUGCGCAACAUCUGGAGCGCGUCCGAUUAGAGUUCAUGACGUUUAAGAUACCAAAAAAUAAGACGACAGGAGACUCGUCGUGCACAGAUGGAUAUCUGAAGAUGUAUUUGAAAGGGCAGGAGGCAACCGAUUCUUACGAUAAAUUCGAUUACGAGUUGUGCGGACUAAAGAGCAAUCCGAGUCAAGUAGUUAGCGAUGGCCCAAGGCUCGUUAUGGUGUUUAGCAGUGGUGAAUCUCAAGGGCAAGGUUUCAAAGCGCGAUACAGUUUCGAAACGGAAUACAAAAUACCGGGUACAGCGGCCCCCGAUGGGAGCUGCACGUUCACAUAUCGUAGCUCAUCCCGUAAAAAGGGAGAUUUCAAUUCCCCGCGGCAUCCGAGCAAUUAUCCGAGCGACACGAAUUGCACGUAUUAUUUCUUGGCGACGCCGAACGAACAGGUCACCUUAAUAUUCGAUUACUUUAAGGUCCGUACGACAAACACGAACGUGACGGACGGCCAUUACGGUUUCGAUGCGUGCCAGGACGACUGGUUAGAGAUCUACAACAUGUACCGGGACAGUACGGAGAAAUUGAUCGGCCGAUAUUGCGGCAGCACCGCUCCGGGCCCGGUUGAAUCGAAUCUUGGCGCGUUAGGCUUAAGGGUGAUUCUGCACUCGGACUCGGAGUUGGUUUAUAGCGGUUUCAAAGCACGGUACACGUUCGAGGUGGCAAAGCCUAUAUUCGGAGAUUGCGGCUCGAAUAUAAGCAGUUUAAAUUACGGUAUCAUCGCCAGCCCGAACUUCCCGAACAAAUACGACGGGCCAGCGCGAAAUCACGCAAGCAAGACCUGCAAUUGGUUCAUUAGAGUCGGACAGAAUCAGCGGGUACUGUUGAACUUUGAACUGUUCUCGGUGGAGGGUGAUCAGACAGUUCGUGGCUGUCCCGCGGCGGUUCUACGAAUGUGGUAUUCCGCGUCGUCGACGCCCGUCGAGCUGUGCGGUGUUAAAACGCCGGAAGCCGAGUGGACGUACCUGUCGGAGGAUAAUAAUAUGCGUCUUAGCUUUAUACUGGCCGAUAAGGCGGUAGGGCAGCAGGGAUUCAGAGCGACGUGGACCGAAGUAAGCAUGAACACUGACUGCCAGAAUCAGUUUUUGUGCAGCCAAAGUAAAUACUGCAUCGCGGAAUCGCUACGAUGUAAUAACAUAUAUAAUUGCGGCCUGGCUGACACUUCGGACGAGGAAAACUGUAAGUUCUUGUGAAACAUAAAAAAAAAAAGAAAAUACAACACACCCAGAACGACGCCCUGUAUAAGUCGUGUGGUUGGUUUUUCUCUUUCUCUCUCUCUCGUACAUUUACUAUUUCAUCUUCUUCUUCUGGUUCGUGUUCUUGUUCUAGUCCUUCUUCUUCUCCUUCUUCUUCUUCUUCUUCGUUUUCCGUUGUUUUACCGGAAAUACCCGUUACAGACGAUAGACUCCCACACACGUAUUAUAUACAUACACACCACAUACGCACGCAUAUACACAAUCUAUACGUGUACAUAUACACAUGUACAUAGACUUAUAUUCUG